CACCUCCCUACCGUCACAGCUUGAACAAAUGUCCGUCAUUUGUAUCUUUUCCAUCAUGAAGACACUCUUAAUUUGGUCUGUUUUGAUGGUACAACUCCUCAAGAUAGGACUCUGCUCUGAAAAACAUGACCAAAUUUUGUCAAUCACACCAACAACACUAGAACAAGUGGGGAUCUUGAAGAACAUCUCCAGUCAAUAUGAGACUGCAUUAUGGCAGCCCGUCCACCCUCAGUAUAUCAAAGAAGAAACUCAAGUUCACCUCUUCGUUCCUGCAAACAGCUCAGACACAGUCAAGGAUUUGUUGCAGCGAUACGAUAUGGGACAUGAAGUGUUGCUGGACAACACAAAUCUACUGAUUGAAAUGCAAACGAGGAACGAUUCCACGGACCCGAGAAGCAGCACGAGUUUCUAUGAACGUUAUCACAGCCUGGAAGAUAUCUAUUAUUGGAUCAACAGAACUGCUCAGGACCACCCAAACACCAUAAAAACAAUUCUCCUAGGUUCUUCAUAUGAAAAGCGGCCACUCUAUGCUCUGAAGUUGUCAUUUAACAGUGAGAACAAGAAUGCUUUGUGGAUUGACUGUGGGAUCCACGCCCGAGAGUGGAUCUCUCCUGCUUUCUGUUUGUGGUUUGUACAAUAUGCCUUAGCUUUUUACAAGCAAAACCAAGACAUAACUGACAUUUUGGACAACAUGGACGUUUACAUCUUGCCUGUGAUGAAUCCUGAUGGUUAUCGAUACACAUGGACUACGAACCGUAUGUGGAGGAAGAACAGGUCAAUCAGCCUGCGUCACUCCUGUGUUGGUGUAGACCUAAACCGGAAUUUUGACGCUAACUGGUGCACGGAGGGAGCCUCCAAUGAUCCCUGCAGUGAGAUCUACUGCGGUGCCUUCCCUGAAUCAGAACCCGAAUCUGAGGCUGUGGCCAACUUUCUGCGCAGUAAGAAGGACACCAUCAAGCUCUACCUGAGCAUUCAUGCCUACUCUCAAAUGCUGCUCUUCCCAUACUCGUGUACCAUGGAUGAAGCGGAGAACCACAAUGAUCUGCUUGAGAUGGCCCAAGAAGCGUCUCAAAAUAUCAGGCGAUAUUACAGAAACACUUACAAAUAUGGCGCAGGAGCACAGACGAUAUACCUGGCUCCUGGGGGCUCCGAUGACUGGGCAUACAAUCUUGGGAUAAAGUACUCGUUCACAUUUGAGCUCCAGGACCGUGGGCGCUUUGGCUUUCUUCUGCCACCAUCCCACAUUUCCAGGGCAUGCAAUGAAGCUCUUCUUGCUGUGAAGACCAUUGCUACAAGAGUCAUUGAGAAAACACGAGCCACAAGUCCUUCUUCAACUGCUUAAGUAAAAGUUCCAGAAAACUUUGAUAAAACCUCAAAAUGACUCUCUCUGUGGUCAACCUCUGUUUUAUCCAUAUUACACAAACAAAUUUGGUAGAUGCAUUCUAGUGAUGUACACAAUCGAUCUCGAAGGCUGAUUUUUUUUUUUUUCUUUUUGUCUCAGGGGUGAUUAAUUGGUUUAAUUAUUUGUGCAUUUAAAAUGGAAAUUCCUCCAUUGUUUUUGUAAAGAUCUAAAUGAAAUUUGGUGGAUAGGGUCUUGGGACGUCUACGCAUCGAUCCACUAAGCCUGAUUUUUUUCCUUCUACGGCUAAAUAAUUAGAUUAAUUAAAUUGUGAACUUAUUGUUGGCUGUAUGUCCUGAGUUAGCCAGUAGCGGGCAUGCGCGCUCUUCGGUGUCUCUUGGCCGAGUUGGGUGGUUGUAGUUCAUUAGGAAGUGGUUACAUCACAUUUUCAUUUCAAGCUUUGAAAAGUGCUCGUGCAUCAAAGUGCUUGAAGAUAUUAGAAAAUAAAACCAUUUCACAAAUACAGCUCUUUGACCAAAUAGAUGUUUACAGUGAGAAAUAAACAACAACCCAAAAAAUUGUAUUGUUAUUCAAACAGUCUUCUGUUAAAAUUCUUAACAGUACCUACCUUGCCAUGAUGGUGAGGCUUGAAACAGGCAAUGGCCUUUUUUCGCUUAAUGCUAGGGCUGUCAAAACGAUCGCGUUAACGGGCGGUAAUUAUUUUUUGAAAUUAAUCAUGUUAAAAUAUUUGACGCAAUUAACGCACAUGCCCCGCUCAAACAGAUUAAAAUGACAGCACAGUGCAAUGUCCACUUGUUACUUGUGUUUUUUGGAGCUUUGUCGUCCUCUGCUGGCGCUUGGGUGCGACAGAUUUUAUGAGCUUAGGCACCCAUGAGCAUUGUGUAAUUAUUGACAUCAACAAUGGCGGGCUACUAGUUUAUUUUUUGAUUGAAAAUUGUACAAAUUUUAUUAAAACGAAAACAUUAAGAGGGGUUUUAAUAUAAAAUUUCUAUAACUUGUACUAAAAUUUAUCUUUUAAGAACUACAAUUCUUUCUAUCAAUGGAUCGCUUUAACAGUGUGUUAAUAAUGUUAAUGCCAUCUUGUUGAUUGUUGAUUUCUUGUUAUAAUAAACAAAUACAGUACGAAUGUACCGUAUGUUGAAUGUAUAUAUCCAUCUUGUGUCUUAUCUUUCCAUUCCAAUUCAUAAAUCAAUUCAAUAAUCCAUUACAGAAAAAUAUGGUAUAUUUUAUAGAUGGUUUGAAUUGCGAUUAAUUACGAUUAAUUAAUUUUUUAGCUGUAAUUAACUCGAUUAAAAAUUUGAAUCGUUUGACAGCCCUACUUAAUACUGAAUGUUGGUCAAUUCAUGGAUAAAAAUGUUAAGAAUUUUGUACGUCCAAUGUCUAAGAACAUUUAGGACCAAC